AUGGAGAAGUACGAGCGGAUCCGGGUGGUGGGGAGAGGAGCUUUCGGAAUAGUGCACCUGUGUCUGCGCAAGGCUGACCAGAAGCUAGUGAUCAUUAAACAGAUCCCUGUGGAGCAGAUGACGAAGGACGAGCGGCUGGCGGCACAGAAUGAGUGUCAGGUGCUGAAGCUACUGAAUCACCCCAAUAUCAUCGAAUAUUACGAGAACUUCCUGGAAGACAAGGCUCUUAUGAUUGCUAUGGAGUAUGCACCAGGUGGCACCUUGGCAGAGUUUAUUCAUAAACGUUGCAACUCCCUGUUGGAUGAAGACACCAUCCUGCACUUUUUUGUGCAGAUCCUACUGGCCCUUCAUCAUGUUCACACCAAACAGAUCCUGCACCGGGAUUUAAAGACUCAGAACAUUCUGUUGGACAAGCACCGCAUGAUCGUCAAGAUUGGAGACUUUGGCAUCUCAAAAAUCUUGAGCAGCAAGAGCAAAGCCUACACAGUUGUGGGGACUCCGUGCUACAUCUCCCCGGAGCUGUGUGAAGGGAAACCCUACAACCAGAAGAGCGAUAUCUGGGCGCUGGGCUGUGUGCUUUACGAACUUGCCAGUCUCAAGAGAGCCUUUGAAGCUGCAAACCUGCCUGCCUUGGUGCUAAAGAUCAUGAGUGGGACAUUUGCUCCCAUCUCAGACCGAUACAGCCCAGACCUGCGCCAGCUCAUCCUGAGCAUGCUCAACCUGGACCCUUCCAAACGGCCCCAGCUGAAUGAGAUCAUGGCCCAGGCCAUCUGCAUCAGGCCACUUCUGAACCUUUACACUGAUGUGGGCAGUGUCAAAAUGCGAAGGCCUGAGAAGCCAUUAGCUACAGUGCCACCAGUGACCCACAACAGAGCGGGAGGAAGAGUGACCAGUGCCAGACCCAGGGGUGUUCGAGUUUGCUCAGCCAGGACUGGAAUCCCACCUCCCCUGUCUUCCAUCUACACCUGGGGCAGCGGAAUCACCACCCCGCUCCGCCUGCCCAUGCUCAACACAGAAGUGGUGCAGGUUUCUGCAGGGAGAACCCAGAAGGCCGGCAUCACUAAAUCAGGGAGGCUCAUCAUGUGGGAGGCUUCCCCAAUGGGUGCCACUGGAGGCCCCUCCCUCCCAGGGGCCACAGAGCAGCUCCAGCCUCAGUUUGUGUCCCGCUUCCUGGAAGGCCAGUCCGGAGUGACUAUCAAACAUGUGUCCUGUGGUGACCUCUUCACAACCUGCUUGACAGACAGGGGGAUAAUCAUGACUUUUGGCAGUGGCAGUAAUGGUUGUUUGGGGCAUGGAAACUUCACUGAUGUAACACAGCCUAAGAUCGUGGAGGCGCUGCUGGGCUACGAGAUUGUGCAGGUGGCCUGUGGCGCGUCUCAUGUGCUGGCCAUUUCCAACGAACGGGAAGUGUUCGCCUGGGGCAGAGGGGACAAUGGUCGGCUUGGGCUGGGAACUCUGGACUCCCACAAUUCUCCCCAGCAGGUAGCUGUUCCGCCUGAACACGAGGCUCAGAAAGUCCUUUGUGGUAUUGACUCCUCCAUGGUCCUGACGGUGAAGAACCAGAUUCUUGCUUGUGGGAGCAACAGGUUUAACAAGCUGGGCCUGGAUAAGAUUGCGGAGCAGGGGGAGCCGGCCCUGGGGGAUCAGGUGGAAGAAGCUCCUACAUUCACGUGUGUCCAGUCAGGGCCCUUAAAUCAAGAGCCGGUGGUGUGUGCAGAUAUUGGAACAGCCCAUUCGGCUGCAGUCACAGCUUCUGGCCAGUGUUACACCUUUGGCAGCAACCAACACGGGCAGCUUGGCACCAGCACCUGCCGUACCAGCCGUGUGCCCUACCUGGUUGUGGGACUCCAAGCGAUUAAGAUCACCAUGGUGGCUUGUGGCGAUGCCUUCACUGUGGCCAUUGGAGCAGAGGGAGAGGUGUACACCUGGGGGAAAGGAGCCCGCGGGCGCUUGGGAAGGAAGGAUGAGGAGACCAGGACUCCAAGGCCUGUGCAGCUGGAGGAGACCCACCCCUACCUGGUGACCUCUGUCGCCUGCUGCCAUGGGAACACACUGCUGGCAGUGAAACCUGCAGGGGAAGAGUCGGGCCCCCAGUGA